GUAACAGCGAGAUUGCUACUGGCGCUAUGAAGUCGUGGUUGAUCUCAAUCGGCAAUAUAAUCGUAAGCAGGUCUGCGUCGUGUGAGUCGUUAUUCCUCACUCGGGGACUCCAGUUCAGUUCAACGUCAGUAGCAAAACAACAUAAUAGAUUUGAUAAAAACAACGAUAUAAUAGAUUUUAGCUGGACACGUAAUGGUGCGGAAAUGUCAAACAUUUUAAUUGUAGUGCUUGCUACAAUCUGUCUACUUCUGCCGGCCGUGAAAAGUGGGAAUACUGAAGGGAGAGUGAAUGUGGAAUGUGAUCACCGCAAGAUAACGAUUUCGGUUUCACAAUAUAAUGAUGCAAUAUUAAAUGCAAGCGAUUUCUACAUCAGCUCAAGCGGGAAUUUAGACACUAAUUAUUGCUUUGUAUCACGAGAACUGCGGAAGACCACCAUAUACUUUCCCUUUCAAGUAUGUGGAAUGAAACCUGCAAUUUCAAAUGAAGGGGUUGUAUACUCAAGUUCAAUAUGGAUUAUAGAAAGAUCGGGAUAUUUCAUGAAAUAUGCCGAUUUCAGCUGCAGAUAUGGAAGUAAUCACGCAGCGUUAUCUCCACCACGUAAUAUCGCGACAGAGAACCUAACGACAAGGGAUGGAUCUCAAACUUUAGUGAGCUUAUGUAGAACACCGUAUUAUUGCCCACGCAAACUAUGUCCGGCUGAAGAAUCCUUCACGGACCACGCAAUUUAUUUUGCAAAUGACGUCAUGCAUCUGGAAAUAGCCAUACAAAGCGACAAGGAAACUUUGCCGGUAGCGAUAGAAGAACUUUACACUUCAUGCGGUAGCAGGCCACAACCUGAUAAUAUACGUUAUCACUCUGUACAUCGAGGUUGCCAAACGCAAAAUAUCCAGUAUUCAAAUCAAGUCGAUCAAGAUCGCACUUUGCGGACAUACGUCGACUAUAAUGGACAAAGUAACACAAUUUGCCUGAGCGUUUAUACUCCACCAGUCAAGAACUGUCCAGUAUAUUUCAUACGUGGCUCUGUGACGAGAUGCAGUGAGGAAUCAACGAGAUGUCCUGAUAUAACUGGCUGGCGAUGCGACAACGGGACAAAGGCUUCUGAAUUUUCAUACGGGCCUUUCCAUCUAUUUCCGAGGGAUGCAGCGACCGGAGAAGUAAAUUACAUCGGCGAAGAUUUGGAGACAACAUCUAUCAGUUAUGAAGAAACAACGACUAACUCUGACGAGUAUUUCGACAUCAAUGAAGAUUUUGUACCCGGAGGUAGAUCAACUGCCGGUAUACAACAAGAAAAAGACCAACGAAAGAAUAUACAUGACAUUUCAAUGAGCGGCCCCGAAGGUGGCGAACCGAGUCCGAAAUUUGAUCUCCGAGAUCGCAUACGUGGUCGUACAAGUGCUGAUAUCAUAGAUAAAAGCUUACAGAGACCCAAUUCAGCAGCGAAUACUCGUGUAAACGUUAUCAACAUACCAACAUCAACUCUGACUGACGCAGAUCAUUCUGGUGAACUUGAAGAAGGAAUCAAAGAAUUUCCUGCGUUACCAUCGGCUAAAAGACACAGAAGCAAGGCUGAGAGAGGAAAGUCUAGAAGAAAUAGGAAAAAUCGAAAAAAGAGCCAAGUUGUUGUGAAAGGCGUAUUUGUUGAAGUCGACGGCACGGAUGCGAAGGACAUCCCACAAUAUGUUCCUGAAACGGAGAAACAUGAUUUGCAAGACGUGACAAAAGCGGAUGAAGUUGAUGCUAUGACAGUACCAAGCCCGGCCAGAAAGGUUGCAGGCCGUGGAAAUAUAAAACCAUCUCUAGCGAAAUUCACAGCUGCCGAUGGGAAUAAAGGUUUUAUUUGGGCGUCUGUGACGGCCCUUGCUUUGUUUCUUCUUCUGUCUAUUGGAAUAUUGGCUGCAUGGACGGCGAACAAAAGAAAAAGAUCUGGAAAAUAGUUGUGUAGUUCAUUAAUUUGUUCAAUUUGCAUUAUUUCAUAAUACAGAAGUGUUACUGUAAUAUAAUU